AGGUGGGGAGUAGUGGCCAGGAAAGGGGACCUUCGUGGGGACGCGAUCUGGGCGUCGCUGGAGAGAGGGCAGCGCCCUCCAGGAGCUGGAGCAGGGCGACCUCGGUUCGCGCACAUUCCCUGGCCCUGAGCGCGGCGCCCGGAAUAGCUGCCCCGAGGCUGAGGGAUGGCGAGGCAGCAAUCCCUAGGGUGGGAGAAAACUCAGCCCUACUUCUUCCUGGGGAAACUGAGUCCCAGAGGCGUGGCUUGUCCUGAGGUCACAGCGACAGACAGUCCGUGGUGCAACCAAAAAGGGGCGCCUCUGGGGCUCUGGCCCACACCCCGUGCACAUGAGGCCAUGAGGCGCCCACUGGACCAGGGCCAGGUCACCCCUCCCGGCCCCUCCUCCAAUCCCAGAGCUCCCUGCUGCUGCAGCUCUGGGAGUUGAGGGGGCCCUGGAGGCUUGCGGCUGCUGGGGUCCUCUGCCAGGUACCAGACCCAGCCCCAUCUGCCACACCCUCUGCAAGGUCUCAGAAUCCUGGACUGAGCCCAGCUCAUCCCCACUGCACAGAUGGGGAAACUGAGGCCCAGGGAAGCAGAGCGCCUGGCUCCUGGCCCCACUGGAAGACCCUGCCCCCUCCAGAACCUCCUCCUGCUGUGGACCCUCCUGAACUCUGGUUUGGGGGGCAAUGCUCAGGGUCCUGGCGAGUGGACUCCAUGGGGUUCCUGGAGCCGCUGUUCCAGCUCUUGCGGACGAGGGCUCUCCGUGCGCAGCCGGCGAUGCAUCCGGUUUCCCCAGGAAGAGCUGUGCUGGGGGGACACCCAUGAGUACCGCCUCUGCCAGCUGCCUGACUGUCCCCCAGGGGCUGUGCCCUUCCGAGACCUCCAGUGUGCUCUCUACAAUAGCCACCCAGUCCUGGGCACGCAGAAGACUUACCAAUGGGUGCCCUUUUAUGGUGCACCCAACCAGUGCGACCUCAACUGCCUGGCAGAGGGGCAUGACUUCUAUCAUAGCUUCGGCCGCGUGCUGGAUGGUACCCCCUGCAGCCCAGGAACCCAGGGACUCUGUGUGGCUGGCAGGUGCCUGAACGCGGGCUGUGAUGGUUUGCUGGGUUCGGACGCCCGGGAGGACCAAUGCGGCCACUGUGGUGGAGCCAAUGACUCAUGCCUCUUCGUGCAGCGCGUGUUCCGAGACGCCGGUGCUUUUGCGGGGUACUGGAACGUGACCCUGAUCCCUGAGGGCGCCAGACACAUCCGUGCAGCCCACCGGAGCCGGAACCACCUGGCGCUGAUGGGGGUUGACGGGUACUACGUGCUCAACGGCAACUGGGUGGUCAGCCCGCCCGGAACCUAUGAGGCGGCGGGCACCCACGUGGUCUAUACCCGCGCCGCCACCGGGCCAGAGGAGACGCUGCGCGCCACCGGGCCCACUUCCCAAGAUCUGCUUUUGCAGGUCCUCCUGCAGGAGCCCAACCCCGGCAUUGAGUUCGAGUUCUGGCUCCCCCGGGAGCGGUACGGCCCCUUCCAGGCACAGGCACAGGCCCUGGGCUGGUCCCUGCGGCAGCCACAACCUCGAGAGGUGGACCUUCAGCCUCCUGAGCCUCCUCCAGCCCCUACUGUUAUCCCCUCGAGGACCCUGAUCCCCACCCCAGAGCCCUGCCCACCCUGCCCCGACACCCGCGGUCGUGCCCACCGGCUGCUCCACUAUUGCGGCAGCGACUUUGUGUUCCGGGCCCGUGUGCUGGGCCGCCUCCGCCAGGCCCAGGAGACCCGCUAUGAGGUUCGCGUGCAGCUCAUCUACAAGAACCGCUCGCCUCUGCAGGCCCUGGAGUACGUAUGGGCACCAAGCCGCUGCCCCUGCCCACCGCUGGCCCUCCAUCGCGAGUACCUGCUGGCUGCCCAGCGCCUCAUCAGUCCCGAUGGCACUCAGGACCGGCUGCUGCUCCCCCAUGCUGGCUACGCCCGGCCCUGGAGCCCUGCUGAGGACAGCCGCACUCGCCUGGUUGCCCGGCACUGCCCUCUCUGAGUCCCCAGACCAGGCCUCAGCCACACUUGGCUGACUAGGCUCAGGGUAUCAUGUUUCCCCUCUUGUCUUAGCUUCCAGGGAGCUAAGAACUGUCUCCCACCUGCAGCUCUGUGACUCCCCAUCACACACUUAGACACCCUGCACUCAGAGCCACGGUCAUGAGCAGGCAGGCACUGUUGAGGACACACUGAAUCUGCUCUUUAACUCUAAUUUCCUCUCUCACCCUGGCUGUCAGGAAACUCAGAGCUAUGUUACCCUCAGAGACUGUGUCUGCUUUUAAUCCCCUGGCUUCUCCCUCAUCUGCUUAGAGACUCUGUCACAUACAAGCAUGGCCCAGAGGAAGACAUGCCUAAGGAAGGAGACGUUGUAAUAUAUCAGUUCCCUUCUUGCUUUGACUACCAAGAAGCUCAUCACCAUUUAACUCCCUGAUACUGUCUCUUUCUUCUCACUGCCACUUACACAGGUGCCCUUCUGCAUGCUGAGACCUUGUCACAAACAGGCAUGACCCCUAGAAGACAUGCCUACCCAGGCACUGUAACGUCCCAAUUUCCGCUUUUGCCCUGGCUCCCAGGAGGUUCGGAGUUAAUCUUGACAGCUUCAGUAAUCUGGGCGGAGGGUUUCCUCCAGGCAGUGCUGCUAUUCACCCGUUUUUUAUUCCUAUUUAAUUUUUACAAGUCCUUUUUUUUUUUUUAAAUUAUACAAGGGCACCCCAGCUCCACAUUCUUGGCCACAGACACUUCCAGAUGCUCCAGUAAUCAGAUCCACAGUCUCAUCCUCACUGCAUGUACACACCUCCUCCUCCAGGUCCAGCCCCCACCUGCCCCCAGCGUGUCUAACCCCAAGGGACAGUGAGGACCAGGAAUAUAUGAGGAUUGGGGUAGCUGGGGCUUUCAGAGGUCCCAAGACCCCUCCCCAUGCCACUUGGGGGCCACACAUUUGUCUUAGGCCAUUCAAGGGACCCUCCCCCAGCCAAGCAGUCAGGUCAGAGCCCCCGCCCGCCUGUGCCCUGUCCUCAUAUGUCCUGGAUGUUGUCUCCUUAUGUAUUCUAGACGGGAGGGGCAGGCCUAGGUCAUGUGUGGAUGGGAGGUGGGUGGAGUAUCACACUCGCUCAGCACACCUCCCGAGGGGCCUCCCUUCUGCCUUCCCACCCUGAACAGAGUGGUUCCGGGACAGUCUGCUCUCUUCUGUACCAUCUGUGGUUGUGUUUUCUCUAGGGCGCCUGAUGGUGGGCGUAUGAGGGGGAUGCAGGACAUGGGGGUCUCGAUGGGCUCAGCCCCUGACCUUGCAGGUCACCUCGGGUCACGCCCUGCCCCUCUCUGGGCCUUAGUUUCCCCAUCCACACCUCCCUUUCAGCCCCUCUGGGCCUUGAGCAUGGGAACCACACUCUUCCUGACCCCUUCCCUAGCCCCUCUGUUCAUUCAUGCAUUCUUCCAAAGAGUAAUUAUUGAGUGCCUUCUGUAUCCGAGGGACCCAACAGCACCAAAGCCGCGUCCUGUCUUCUGCAACAAGGGUCCUGCGGGAGAACCCCCUGUCCCUCCCGCGGGGAAAGUGGGGCACGGUUCUGGAGGGAGGCGUGGGGCCUGUGCGCCCCCUGGUGGCAGGAUUGGGGAAGAAAGGACUCGCGCGCUCCCGGUGUUGCCUGCAGCCCGGUCCCCCAUGGCCGGGGGUGGUCCCCUCCGCCUCACUGCAGUGUGGGGAUGUGUCUCGAAAUGGGAGACUCCGGCCUCCUGCUCCCCGGAGCUCUCUGGGGGCAGCCCUACCACCUACUCCCCAGCCAGCUGGACCGCUUGGCUGGGGCGUCGCACCGAGCGGAGGAGAGGCCAGUGCAGGUCGCACUCCAGCAGAUAGGAUCAGCUGGGGCUACAGGAGCCAGCAUUUCCCGCAGCCCCUCCUCCAAGCUGCAACAUCGUUUCCAGGAACGAUCAUCGAACAAUCUUUAGUAAACAGUACAUUGUUUUUCUGAUGUGCUCUCAAGCUUUAAAACAAUUGAUGGAACAAUUUGAAGAAUGAAGAAAACAUUGCACUUUUCAAGAUCCUCAACUUCAGCAACAUAGUCUAAGGUGGACACUAGCAUUUGCACUUGCCCAGCAAAUAUUCCGGGCUGCUUUGAUGCUUUACUUUGAAAACAAAUAAAAACUCCAGGUGGUUACCAGGAACGUCGGAA